AGGAGGAAGGAGCUGACCCAUUCCUGCCUAGGAGGUGGUAGAAGGAAGAUGCCCAGGACUUUGAACCCACUUCAUGACUUCUGGCUUCUAGUGUGGCUACAGCUGCUCUUGGGACCUAGUGCUGUUCCUCCAGCCUGGGCCUUGAACCUGGACCCAGCAAGGCUCACCAUCUACACAGGCCCCAAUGGCAGCCACUUUGGAUUUUCUCUGGACUUCUACAAGGACAGCCGUGGGAGCGUGAUCAUAGUGGUGGGCGCUCCUCAGACUCUGGGCCGCGACGAGGAGAAGAUGGGCGGCGUGUUCCUGUGCCCCUGGAGGGCCGAGGGCGACCAGUGCAACUCGCUGCUCUUCGACCUGAAUGAUGAAACCCGCAAAGCCGGCGCUCAAACUUUCCAAACCUUCAAGGCUCGGCAAGGGCUGGGGGCGACGGUCGUCAGCUGGAAGGACAACAUUGUGGCCUGCGCCCCCUGGCAGCACUGGAACGUCCUAGAAAAAACGGAGGAGGCUGAGAAGACGCCGGUAGGUGGCUGCUUUGUGGCUCAGCUCCAGAACCGCAGCCGCGCGGAGUUCUCGCCCUGCCGAGCCAACACCAUGAGCCGGAUUUACGUGAAAAAUGAAUUCACCGGGGACAAGCGCUACUGCGAAGUGGGCUUCAGCGCGGUGGUCACGCAGGCUGGAGAGCUGGUGCUUGGGGCCCCUGGAGGUUAUUUUUUCUUAGGUCUCCUGGCGCGGGCUCCAAUUGCCGAUAUCGUCUCCAGUUACCGCCCGGCCACCCUCUUGUGGCACGUGCCCAGUCAGCGCUUGACCUUUGACUCCAGCAACCCAGAGUACUUCGACGGCUACCGGGGAUACUCGGUAACUGUGGGCGAGUUCGAUGGGGACUUCAGCACUACAGAAUAUGUCUUUGGUGCCCCCACCUGGAGGUGGACCCUGGGAGCGGUGGAAAUUUUCGACUCAUACUACCGGAAGCUACACCGGGUACACGGAGAACAGAUGGCUUCAUACUUUGGGCACUCGGUGGCUGUCACUGAUGUCAAUGGAGAUGGGAGGCAUGACCUGCUAGUGGGUGCGCCCCUAUAUAUGGAAAGCCGCGCUGACCGCAAGCUGGCCGAGGUGGGGCGCGUGUACCUGUUCCUGCAGCCUCGAGGCUCCCACGCCCUGGGCGCCCCCAGCCUCCUGCUAACCGGAACACAGCUCUAUGGGCGAUUUGGUUCGGCCAUUGCACCCCUGGGUGACCUCAACCGGGAUGGCUACAAUGAUGUUGCGGUGGCUGCCCCCUAUGGGGGUCCCAGUGGCGAGGGUCAAGUGCUGAUAUUCCUGGGUCAGAGUGAGGGCCUUAGCCCCCGCCCCUCCCAGGUCCUGGACAGCCCCUUCCCGGCAGGCUCUGGCUUCGGUUUCUCCCUGCGAGGUGCCACAGACAUCGAUGAUAACGGAUAUCCAGAUCUACUGGUGGGAGCGUAUGAGGCCAGCAAGGUGGUUGUAUACAGAGCCCAGCCCGUGGUGAUGGCCACUGUCCAGCUGCUGGUGCAAGAUUCGCUGAACCCUGCUGUGAAGAACUGCGUCCUGAGCCAGACCAAGACGCCAGUGAGCUGUUUUAACAUCCAGAUGUGUGUGGGCGCCACGGGGCAUAACAUUCCUCAGAAGCUCCGCCUAAGUGCUGAGCUGCAGCUGGACCGGCAGAAGCCCCGCCAGGGCCGCCGUGUGCUGCUACUCAGCUCCCAGCAGGCGGGCACCACCCUGCACCUGGACCUGGGUGGGAGGCACAGCCCCAUCUGCCACAACGCCACCGCCUUCCUCCGAGACGAGGCUGACUUCCGGGACAAGCUGAGUCCCAUCGUGCUCAGCUUCAAUGUGUCCCUGCAGCCUGAGAAAGAGGGGUCAGCCCCAGGUGUCGUGCUGCAUGGAGACACCCAUGUCCAAGAACAGACCCGAAUCAUCCUGGACUGUGGCGACGACGACCUGUGUGUGCCCCAGCUCGAGCUCUCGGCCAGUGUGUCGGGCUCCCCACUCCUCAUUGGAGCCGACAAUGUGCUGGAGCUGCGGAUGGAAGCGGCCAAUGAGGGGGAGGGGGCCUACGAGGCCGAGCUGGCUGCACACCUGCCCCCGGGAGCCCACUACAUGCGGGCCCUCAGCGACACGGAGGGCUUGGAGAGGCUUGUUUGUAACCAGAAGAAGGAGAACGAAAGCAAGGUGGUGCUGUGCGAGCUGGGCAACCCCAUGAAGAAGAAUGCCCAGAUAGGAAUUACGAUGCUGGUGAGUGUGGACAACCUGGAGGAGGUUGGGGAGCAUGUGUCCUUCCGGCUGCAGAUCAGGAGCAAGAACAGCCAGAAUCCAAACAGCGAGGCGCUACUGCUGCACGUGCCUGUCAGGGCGGAGGCCCGCAUGGAGCUGCGAGGGAACUCUUUUCCAGCCUCUCUGGUGGUGGCAGCGGAAGGCAGCAGGGAAAACAGUUCUGACAGCUGGGGCCCCAAAGUGGAGCACACCUAUGAGCUCCACAACAAUGGCCCUGGUACUGCAAGUGGCCUGCACCUCAGUCUCCAGCUCCCAGGCCAGUCCCAACCCUCAGACCUGCUCUACCUCCUGGAAGUACAGGCCCAGGGGGGCCUUCAGUGCUGCACAGAGCCCUCUCCUGACCCCCUCAAGCUGGACUGGAGGUUGCCCAAGCCCAGCCCUUCCCUGGCUCACCCCGCGCAUCACGAGCGGGAGCGCAGACAUGCGUUGCUGCCCCGGCAGAAGCAGCCCUCGCGCCUUCGGGACCCGGUGCUGGUGAGCUGUGACUCGGCGCCCUGUACUGUGGUGCAGUGUGAGCUCGCGGAGAUGGCGCGGGGGCAGCGGGUGAUGGUCACGGUGCUGGCACUGCUGUGGCUGCCCAGCCUCCGCCAGAGACCCCUGGAUCAGUUUGUGCUGCAGUCACGUGCCUGGUUCAACGUCUCCUCCCUUCCCUACCCGGUGCCAGCCCUCAGCCUGCCCAGAGGGGAAGCUCUGGUGCAGACGCAGCUGCUCCGGGCCUUGGAGGAGAGGGACGUUCCACUCUGGUGGGUGCUGGUAGGCGUGCUGGGCGGCCUGCUGCUGCUCACGCUCCUGAUCCUGGCCAUGUGGAAGGCUGGCUUCUUCAAGCGGAACCGGCCACCCCUGGAAGACGAAGAUGAAGAGGAGUGAGGUGCAGCCACAUCUGUCCUUCCAGAAGGCCACGGGCUGCCCUGCCCCUCGUGAUCCAUGGAUGCCUCCUGAUGCCCUCACCCUCCCAACAGAGUGGGCCACCCUCUUACCAGGUGCUUAAUAAAGCGACUGAACCC